AUGCAAAGCCAUCUCAUGAAAUUGUUGAUUGGGGCUACCAUCUGUGCUGUUGCCACACUCGUCUUUAUAUGUAUUAGCUUAUUUACUCAAGGUUGGGUUGAAGUCGAUGUCUCAGAAAUGGGCCUAACAGUUACUGGAUCGUCCGGGAUUUUUCCAUGGAAAUGCGUAUCUUUGGGUACCUGUAGUGUCUUCUGGAAUACAUAACCUUCUUCUUUUUGAUGUUGUUUGCUUGGAUAUUCCAAAUGGCCGCACUCAUUACUGCAUUCGUGGCACUGUUGGUUCCUAGACUAAGAUACAAAUUUAUGCAUCAAUUUUGUGGCACACAGACACUAAUUACUCUGUUCCUCAUUGUUGAAUUGGUCUUGUAUGGAAUCGAAUAUGACCGAAAUUUAGGAACCCUGAAUUACAUCCCCGGAAUAAGUGUGUCGCUUGCCUACUCCUACUGGUUGUGCCUGGUAGCAGCAAUCUUCUCAGUAGUAACAUUUAUGAUCGCUGGAGCAGCUACGAAGAGAGCGCGGCAUCACGGCUGUGAUUACUACUAG